AUGGAUAAUCCAAUGGCUAUCCCAGAUGAGACUAAGCCUCAGAUCGGCAUGCAUUUUAAUUCAGAGAGCGAGGCUUAUGAAUUCUAUAACAGUUAUGGAGGAAGAUUGGGUUUUAGUGUCAGGAGAAAAUAUGGAAAUAAGAGCAAAAAAGACAAGACUACAAUAACUUCGAGGAGAUUCGCAUGUAAUAAACAGAGUAUUAGAAAAAAAGACAACUGUGAUAUUCAUACUAAUUGCCCUCGAGAGGAAAUGAGAACAGAUUGUCCUGCUCGAAUGGGCAUAACACUUAUGGAAAAUGGAAAAUACCAAUGCCAUGAUUUUGUUGAAGGCCAUAAUCACGAGCUUCAUAUACCAUCUACCACACACAUGAUGCGAUCACAAUGGAAUAUUUCAGAAAUACAUGGGCAUGGAAUUGACUUGGCUGAUGAUUCUGAAAUUAGACCUAAGGCUGCAUUUGAGUACAUGGGUAGACAGGCAGGUGGGAGACAAAACCUUGGUUUUACACCAAAAGAUCAUCACAAUUAUCUCCGAUCUAAGCGUCAGCGUGACUUAGGUUAUGGUGAAGCGGCUAGUUUGUUACAGUAUUUUACAGAACAAUCUAGGUUAGACCCAUCUUUUAGCUACGCUGUGCAAUUAGAUAUGGAUGAGCUUAUAACAAAUAUUUUUUGGACUGAUGCGAGAAUGAUAAUAGAUUAUGCCUUGUUUGGUGAUGUUGUUACCUUCGAUACUACGUUUUGCACAAAUAAGGAAAAUAGGCCGUUUGGAAUUUUUUCUGGUUUUAACCAUCACAGAGGACUCAUUAUAUUUGGGGCAGCUCUUUUAUACGAUGAGACGGUGGAAUCAUUCAAAUGGUUGUUUAAGGCAUUCUUGGAAACUCAUAGGCAGAACAAGCCUAUAACCAUUUUUACAGAUCAAGAUGCUGCAAUGGCAAAGGCAAUUUCAGAGGUGUUUAAUGGGACAUGA